AUAGACAACGUGGUCCAACAAUUUUGAUGACUAGAAAAUAUUAUUAUAUAACAUGGUCCACAGAUUUUGGUGACUAACUAUGUGGUCCAUAGGUUCCGCUGACUAAUACUAUAUUGGUAUCAAUAUAGUGAUGUUUUGUUUAUACUCUAAACGAAUAAUUGAAAACUAAGAAGUAAGAUCCCUUCUUGUAAUGAACAUCCAAAAUCCAUUUUCAUCUUUUAGAGGAUAUUCCAUAUGUAGUUGUUUGACAUUAUAUAUAUUCAUAAGACAUGAUCCAUGAGAAAACACACCUAAAUCUUGAAAAAAUAGAACAAAUAAAAUGUCUUCUAAGAUCCCUACCUUAGAUUUCUCAAGAGAAGAUCUGAAACCAGGCACGAAGUAUUGGAAAUCAACAAGCAAGAACAUAAGACAAGCACUUGAGGAAUAUGGAUGUUUCAUCAUAGAUCUUCAAGACAAGACUCCUUUAGAUCUUCUUGACCAAGUCUUUGGUUCUUUGGUCCAGUUGUUUGAUCUCCCAACACAAACCAAAAUGAAGAACAAAUACGAUAAGCCUUUAAAUGGCUAUGUUGGUCAGAUUCCAGCUCUUCCUCUUCAUGAAAGUCUUGGUAUUGAUAAUGCCACUUCUUUAGAAGCAACCAGAAGCUUCACCGGUUUGAUGUGGCCACAAGGAAACAAACACUUCAGUGAAUGUGUGCACAAGUAUGCGGAGUUUGCAGCCAAGCUUGAUCAAAUGGUGACACGGAUGGUUUUUGAAAGCUAUAACGUCGAGAAACACUACAAACCAUACAUUGAAUCAACCACUUACCUUCUCCGUGUGCUGAAAAAUAGUGCACCGAACAACGAUAAACCUAACUUAGGAUUUGUCACACAUACAGACAAGAGCUUCACAACAAUACUUCACCAGAAUCAAGUCAAUGGUCUCGAAAUGGAAACUAGAGAAGGAGAGAAAAUCAAUAUCAAUCUAUCAUCACCUUCACUGUUCAUGAUCGUCGCAGGCGAUGCCUUGAUGGCAUGGAGCAAUGAUAGGGUUUGGUCUCCAAGACACCAAGUUCUAGUGAGCGGCGAGACAGACCGAUACUCUCUUGGAAUGUUUUCAUUCAACAAUGGAACACUUCAAGUACCAGAAGAGCUUAUUGAUCAUCAACAUCCUCUUAUGUAUAAGCCCUUUGAUCAUAUUGGUCUACUUCGAUUUUACCGUACUGACAUAGGUUACAAAUCAGAAUGUCCUAUCAAAGCCUAUUGUGGUAUUUGAAUCACUUAUGUAUCCACUAUCUAAAGCUUCAUAUAUGUGAAAUGCAAUAGUCUAAUAAGAGAAAAAUAAGUGUAAUUUCAGGGGGAAAAGAACAUACCUCCGCUCCAAAAUAUAAGAUGUUUUUAUGUAAAAAGCACAUAUUCAAAAGUUAUAUAUUUUAUUUUAUAAA